GUCACCGUGACUGACACCAAUGCUAUUGGAGACAUACAACAGAGGAACACAAAGACAGUGCGAGUUAAAGUUGGCGUGCGAGAACCACAGAUCUUUGAGAGCAACUACGAAGGGCAUUUUUAUGAGACAACGUCUACAAACAGAAAAGUUGUACAGGGCAAAGACAACGCUCCUUUACAAGUACAAGCCAAGACUUUUCAAGGUGGGAACGUCGUGUUUGAUGUACUGGACAGCAAUGGUGACAUAUCUUCCAUGUUUAUGAUUCAGCAGAAUGGACAAAUUACAAAUCUACAGGUCGUGGACUAUGAAGCUCGGGACCAGAAACGAUUUACCCUCUCUGUCAGAGUCAGUGAGACGUUUGAUACUUCCGGAGGACCCCAGACAUUGAGCUCAACAUCUACAUGACUGCCACCGAUCUGGACUCUGGUCAAAAUGGAGAAAUUGAGUUUUCUGUGCCUGAGGAUGGCUAUUUUAGCAUCACAACACGAAGCGAGGAACGGCAAAGUGGGAACAUAGUGUAUGUUGGUGUCAUCACAGUGAAAAGCAAAUUGGAUUAUGAUGAGCCUCCUGGUCCAAAUUACGAGUUUCCCGUCACAGCGACUGACAAAGGCAUGGUGCCGAACCAAAGCACUGCACAAGUUACUGUCUCCGUCACAAAUGUCAACGACAAUCCCCCAGAAAUUGACAACUCCACCAGCCCCAUCCAGCUGCUAGAGAGAGCAUCUGUAGGGUUCAUUGUGACUCUUGUGCGGGCCACUGAGAAAGAUGGAGAUGUGUUCACCUUUUUCUUGUCACCAUCCAGUGAAGCCCGAGACAUCUUCAGUGUUGCAGACACUGGACUGGUCCGUACUAUUGCUGAAAUCCCGCCAGAUGUAGAAUCUUAUACUUUGAUUAUUGGAGCUCAGGAUGAUGGCUCAUGUUGCGGGGGUACAUCAUCUCAAACUUCAACGGCAGUCUUCCGUAUUGACAUUACGGAUGUAAAUCAAAACAAGCCAGAGUUCACACAGUGCAGUACUUUUGAAAAUGACGGAAAAGUCAAGGAGCUGUCACCACCGGGGACAGCUGUUGUUCAGGUUCAGGCAACUGAUUCUGACCGAGGGGAAAAUGGCCGCGUGAUAUAUCGUAUAGUAUCCCCUGAUCCCAAUGGAGUCAAUGCCCCCUUUGAAAUCAACAGCAGUACUGGUCAGAUAACUGUUAAAAACAGGUUUCACAGAGGCGAUGGCUAUUUGCAGGUUACUGUGGCUGGCCGAAAUCCCAGUGAUGUUCCCUUGAUGGAAGGCUGGUGUACCUUCCGUGUCACCAUUGAAGAUAUCAAUGAUCAUGCUCCAAGGUUUAGCCAGAAUGAGUUCAGUGUGGACAUCCCUGUGACAGCAACCGUCAAUUAUUUUGUGCGACAAAUGGAGGCCACUGAUGAGGAUGUAGGAGUUAAUGCAAACAUCACAUACUCAAUAGCAAGCAGUUCCAAUAGUGACGGUUACUUCCAUAUCAAUGGUUUCACAGGAGUGUUGUCUGUGAAUAAAAGACUGGAUGAAACUAUUGACCGGUAUGUCAUUGUUGUCAUUGCGGAUGAUAACGGCAUUGAUCCCGGGUCCUUGACUAGCAACACAACUGUGAACAUAAACAUCAACAGGGCUACCAGUACUCGUCCUCAGUGGAUCGGAGUACAGGAUCAAGAAAAUUUCAAUGUGAAGGAGACUGAAGGUAUUGGAUACGUGAUCGCCCAACUUCGCUGUGAUUCCAACAUACCGUCCCGUCCUGCUGUUGACUUCAUCAUCUUUGAUUCAGCAUCGGAUAUCAGCUUUUCAUCCGAAUUCUUCAGCUACAGAAAGUUUGAAGCAGAUGGUCACCAGUUCAUGAAUCUCACACUGCUCAAGAAGCUGGACUUCUUAGAGAGCAAAGAACAUAGAAUAAAUAUUGUCUGCAGGAACACUGGUGAAUUCAGUGAGCAGGUUAACCUGUUGGCAAAGAUAUCCGUGAUAGAUGAGAACGACCAGACACCAGUCUUCAAAGGACUCAGUGGCUGCUGCUAUGAAGGAAGUAUCCCUGAAGAUGCCCCAGCAGGGUCUACUGUGGUCAGAGUCUCGGCAGAAGACAAAGAUGAGACACCACUAUUCAAGAAGAUUACCUUUGGUCUGGCUGGGGAAGAAGCUGGAUUAUUCAACAUUGUGAACAAUGACGACAACACAGCGACAAUCAUAACCACCCAAGCCCUGGCUAAUGUUAUUGAUAGAGAGACCCAGGCAUCUUAUGACAUCUCAGUCACUGCCAAAGACGGUGCUCCAGCAGCGUACCCACUUGACCCAAAUCAUCCUGACAAUCCAAAUGAAGCUACGUCUAGGGUCGUGCAUGUCAGCCUGACAGAUGUCAAUGACAACAGUCCCCGGUUUGAGAAACCCCUGUACAAGUGUAAUGCGUCUGAGCUUCUCACUGUAUAUGAAGUCGUGUGUCAAGUUGUUGCUAACGAUCCUGAUGAGAUUGACAUUGUGAGAGGACUUGAAUAUUUCUUCACGAGCGGGAAUACUUUGCAGACCUUUUCAACUUCCAUUUCUGGUGAGAUCAGAGUUGCAAGAAGGUUGGACUAUGAGAAAACCAGUGAACCAAAGCAAUAUGAUUUAACCUUGAUAGCCAGAGAUGAGGUCGGGCAUGAGAACCAAACACAGGUGCAGAUAAAUGUCAUUGAUGAGAACGACAACAAACCUGUGUUUGACCAACGAGAAUACAUGGUUUAUGAAACGUUCAUUGAGGAGGACAACUCCAUCAGUAGCUCCAACAGAUUUUAUCUUACAACGGUAAGUGCAAAAGAUGCUGAUAAACGGAGUGAGACGGACAUCCGCUACAAGCUGUCAGGCUCGUUGACGUCUGGUAUAAACCAGCGAUUCACAAUUGAUGAGGUUACAGGGGAAAUUUUCCUCAUUGGACCCUUGGACCGAGAGGACCCACUAAACAAUAACCCAACCUUCUCCUUUAAUGCCAUCGCAGAAGAUGAACGCCAGAACCCCAAUCUGGGCUAUACAACAGUUAAAGUCACUCCAGGCGACAUUAACGACAAUAGUCCCACAUUUGAUGAGGCUUACACAUCAGGGAAGGUCAAUGAACAUGCUGCGUUGAACACCCCGGUCUUUACGAUCGUGGCCAGGGACCCAGAUGCUGGUCUCAAUGGAACGGUACAUUACAGAAUGGCGCCCCAGCAGCCCAAUUCUACCAUUGCAAGUUACUUCAGAAUCAUUGCAGAAAACGGAAAUGUGCUGACAAAUACAGAUCCUGUAAAUCUUGACAGGGAGACAACUGAAACUAUGAGCUUCAUCGUGGAGGCAUAUGAUCAAGGAGUUCCUCCCCUUUCUACCAAUCACACCGUCACAGUUACCCUCUCAGACAUUAAUGAUCAGUCUCCGUACUUUCAGCAGCCAAUAUAUCGCCAUGACAUGUCUGAGCAUACUACGAGUGGGGAAAUUCUCCGAAUUCAAGCCAUUGAUGAAGACAGUGAACCACGGAACAAAAAUUUGCGUUAUGAAAUUCUCAACGGAGUGUCUUUCUUUGGGGUUCAAACAUCAGAUAAUGUUGCCAUCAUUUAUGUGAACCAGCCUGUGGAUUAUGAAGAGGAUCCAAGAGAGUUUAAUUUCACUCUCCGAGUGACUGAUGGGGUAGCAACCCAUGUUAACACCACAGAAAUCUUCAUAAAGAUUUUGGACUUCAACGACAAUGCACCGCAGUUUGUCCGUGGAGAGAUUUCUGUGACAGUGACAGAGGAGCAGGCACCGGGUCCACUCAACGUCCAGUUCAGCGCCACUGACUUGGACAGCGGCAUCAACAAAGAAUUCACGUUUUCUGUGGUGCGAGAGUCUGAUCCGUUCUAUGAGUUUUAUAUUGAGCCAACUAGUGGAGAAGUCUUUACAAGGAAACCCCUGGAUCGUGAGCUUGGGGAUAAACGAGAAGUCAUCAUUAUGGCUAAAGACAAAGGUGAAAUACCUCUGAACAGCACGGCAAAGCUGAUUGUGAAUCUGAUAGACAUAAACGACAACGCGCCCAGUUUCCUGGAGGACUAUCUGCCCAAGGUGGAGGAGAACCAAGACCAUAACAAUUUUGUAGUUGUUGAAGUGUUUGCUAAAGAUCCCGAUGCUCCACCACAUGCUGAUCCUUUUUAUUUCUCUCUUCCGGGGAAUUGCAAUGUUCCUGCUUGUACUCAUUUUACUCUGACUUAUAACCCAGCUGGUCAAGGGUCGGCUUUCAUACGUACCAGCAGCAGAUUUGACAGAGAGGAACAGAAGCAGUAUUACCUCCCCAUUCUGAUCAGUGACAUGUAUGAAGUCAACGACCCAAACACUGAGUCUCUGACGAGCACCAAUACUCUCACCAUUGUCAUUGGGGAUGAAAAUGACAACAUGCACAAGCCAGGACACCAGGACAUCACUGUGUUCAGUUAUGAAGACAAGUUUGCGGAUAUCGAGGUUGGACGAGUGUAUACAGAAGACCCAGAUGAUUGGGAUCUUCCCGACAAAACUUUCAGGUUUAUAGGUCCGGAAGUCAUGCAGAACUAUUUCACAGUGAAUGAAGCAGAUGGUGCAAUCAUUAUGUUGGCAGGGGUUCCAGUUACAACAGGGCGAGCUGCUUACCGUUUUGAGGUGGAUGUAUAUGAUCAGAAGUUCAUGAACACUGAAAGGUGUUCAGUGGCAGUGACUGUGCUGCCUCUGAGUGAUGAAGCUGUUCGCAAAUCAGGGGCGGUGCGGCUAUCAGGAAUAACGGCUGAAGAAUUCAUAAUCAAGCACAAUUCCCCAACUGGGCCUAAGAGCAAGUACGACGAGUUUAAGGAGGAAGUGGCCAAACUGCUGGGCUAUAACCCUAAUGGAGAUCACGUGCUGAUCACUUCACUGAGCGACGGGCCCGGCUACCUGGAUGUGAUGUACAGUGCCCACGGGAGUCCGUAUCUGAACCCAUCUCAGGUGGAGAGUGCUGUCAUGCUGAAGCAGCCAGAGAUGGUUCAAAACCUCGGUGUAGGGAUAGAUCAAAACCCCAUCAACUUGUGCAUGGAUGAACUCUAUGACGAUGGCUGCAGCACCAACUUCGAUGUCACCGGCCAGCCCGUCCUGAAAAACUCCAACGGUACCAGCUAUGUCGGAGCUGAAGUGCUGCUGUCUGCCGAGUCAGGCUGUAAGGACCCCAUGUUCCCCCAGCCGCAAGAGUGCAGGGGAGAUUAUUGUUUCAACGGAGGCACCUGCAAGCAAGAUGAUUGGGGGAAACUGACGUGUGCCUGCCUCCCAGGCUUUGACGGUCCCAGAUGCCAGCAGCUGCGCCACCAUUUUGACGGCUCCAGCGUUAGCUUCUAUAAGGGUCUGUCUGUGUGUGCUGAAGGCCGCACAACCUUUGAGUUCAUCACUGAGAAGGAUGACGGUAUUUUGAUGUACACAGGCCCUAUCUCAAAACUGGAUGAUUCCAAGGAUUUCAUGUCGCUACAGCUGGUUGGUGGUUUCCCUGAGUUCCGCAUCAAUCUUGGAGCUGGAGAGCUACUGCUGGCUCUGAAUGGCAUAGACAGAAGUGGGUUCCAGCGUUUGAACAAGCUGAGUGACGGCAAAUGGCACAGGAUUGACAUUGACAGGGAAAACCAGAGGUUCCAGUUGACCAUAGAUCACUGUGAAGUCGCCGAGGCAGAUGCGACAGGAGUCGUUCUGGACUGGACCCCAUGCAGAACCUCAGGCUCUGUCCUGGGGGGCGACAUAUUGCUCAACGUGGCAACCUUCCUGCAGCUAGGAGGCCGAUAUUUCCAAGAUAACGUGCUACCGGAUUACCCGCCCAAUUUAGGGCAAAAUGGAUUUACAGGCUGUGUGAAAAACCUCAUGCAUGAUUCCAAACUGUACGACCUCCACUAUAAAGAAGUCCCCAAUUGGAAUUCUGGCACAAAUGGUUGUCCUGAUGAGGAGACCAUCUGUGGAGAAGAUUCGGCUACACCUUUCUGUGGGAAACAUUCAACCUGCAUAAGUGAAUGGCAGCCUUCGCGGAGAGUUAUUGACUGUACUUGUAAGCCUGGCUGGUAUGGCAAUAAGUGUGAAAAAGAGGCGCCCAUUCGUGACUUGAAGUGGCAGAGCUUCUUCAAGUGGCAGCUUGACCAGAACACAAUUGAUGAGUCAGUGAGAGACAACAGCAUAGAUCUCAUGUUCAGAACAAGGGAGACAUCUGGGAAUCUCUUCACCAUGACCAAUGUUGGGCAGGCCACUAUUCUCUUGCAGAUCCGCGACGGCAGACUGCAGCUGACCUAUGACAUGGGACCCGGCAGUCAGACUGUGGCGCUAAACAACGCCAUGGCGAACACGGGCCAGUGGCACACAGUGCAUGUCAGACGUCAUGGAAAUGAGCUCAGCCUGAGGAUGGAUGGUGGAGAAGGGCGUAAGUUCAAUUUCCGCCCAAUUGAGGAAGGAGUGAAAGUGAUUUUCCGUCCUCUGGCUUACAUCAGUGUCGGUGCCCGCCUGCCCCCCGUCCCUGGCCAAGUGAACGUUCCAGGAGACAUCAGCGAUGACCUCAUCAGCACGUGUAUUAGAGACGUUCGGAUCAAUGACGAGUGGCUCCCGAUGACUUUGAAUGGCAAUUCAGACCCAGCUGCAGGGGCGACUUUGCUGAAAAAUUUCAACACAUCUGAGGGAUGCGUUAGAAACGACUGUGUCCCAGAUCCUUGCGGCCAAGGAAAUUGUACAAGCUUGUGGGAAGCAUAUGAAUGCAGAUGUCCGUUUAAUACCCUGGAACUAGCAGGCGGCAUCUGCCCAUCUCCAUGCCUGGAUAACCCAUGCUUCAACGGUGUCAAGUGCACGGUCAAGGACAACCAGGCAGUGUGCGACUGUCCCAAGGGCAUGUACGGCCAGUACUGUAACCAGCUGGCAGUGGUGGAUGACGAUGAUGGCGCUUUGAGCGCUGGCUUGAUCGCUCUUAUCGUCAUAGCCAUUUUGCUUCUGUUGAUUCUGGUGAUCCUUCUGGUGCUGUACAUAGUCUGCCGGCGCAAGAAGCCAGACUCUGAUAAUAUUCUCAAAGUUGAUCCAGAUGAUGACUUCAUACGGGAAAAUGUCAUCUUCUAUGAUGAGGAAGGAGCAGGAGAGGAAGAUCACCAGGCUUAUGACAUAUCUUUGCUGACCCGGCCAGACAGAGAGGCUCCACUUCGCCCAUUCAAUGCACCCAUCACAGAGAGUAGACCUGCUAGGGAAAGUGCCCCGCAAGAAGACCCUCGAAUGGACCGUCCAGACGUGGGGAGCUUCAUCAACAAGCGCAUUGAGGACGCGGAGAAUCCAGACGACGACCCGUUCAACGACAGCACUCGCGAGUUCGCCUUCGAGGGCGCCAACAGCGAGGCGGGCAGCCUGAGCUCCCUGGCCUCCAGCAGCACAGACGGCAGCCAGGACUAUGACUUCCUCAGUGGCUGGGGUGACAAGUUUGCCCGACUGGCAGACAUGUACGGAGCUGGGCAAAACCUAGAUGAUUAGCCCGCCGUAGGUUUUAUACAUGAUGUUAUGAAUUAUCAAGAGUACUUUAAUCCCCAAUUGUAAAAUCUUAUGUUCAAAUGUGGGGGGGUGGUCAUUUAAAAUGUGACAUGUUUUUUUAAAGAGACUUAUCUUCUUAGUUUGAGCCUUUAACUUUAAAUGAUAAUUUUGAAAAUUCUAGAUACUGUGAUCGGGUUUGUUUUAAUAUGAAAAGAAA